UUAUUAUUAUUUGUUUUUUGUUUGUUUUUUUUUUUUCACACACAACGGCGAUGACGUCAAUGUUCGCAUUGUCAAGGACAUCCGAGGAUCUGCACAAAUUGAAUGACAUUGAAACGUUUGUUGAAGAUAGUGAUAGAGGUGCACAAAUACGUUGUGUCCUUCAAGUUCUGCAGGACUCGAAAUAUUGCUUGAUGAUAGCUUUGCUGCUGCCAAAGCUGCUGGCUAAGCCGAGCAGUUUGGUCGAGGCUUUAACUGGUACAGAAUAUGAGCCAGCCCUGAAACUGGUUGCCGACUAUGUACGAAGACGUGAUACUAUCGUUCAGGAGCAACGACAUCCAUUGUACGAUGACGGCAUGAUUAAAAUAAUUAACUACUUUCAGCGUCAUCCUCAAAUAAGACAGCUAUUUCCCGAUUAUGAAAUGACACCACAGGAUAACCAGUUGCUGUUCAUCUUCGAGCAGAUGUUUCAGAUCGCCCUGAGCCAUCUGAAACGCACCGCAAAGCAUGAACUGGCCAGCGAGCAUAAGCUGCAUAAAUUAUACAAGGGGAAUGAAGAAGUUAAGAAAAACAUCGAUGAACUUCUAAGGAAGCUGAGUAGACGUAAAGUGCAGUUGCGUUGGAUAAUGGCAGCUAGAACCGUGUUUGUGCAAAAGUGUGAAAUGAAGAUGAGCGUGAAGAAAGCACAGUAUGCAAAGCGAAUACUCAACGAAAGCGAAAACUGUCAAUCUAUAAUACGCAAAAAUCGAAAAAAAUGUUUGGAGCGAAUAAAAGUGCUGGAGACGGAGUUGCAAAGUCUACGUGCGAACUAUGAACAGCAAGCAAAAAGGAAUCGACGCGUUGAAAUGCGUACGCGCCAAGAAAAAAACAAGCUGGAAUUACAGCUUCAGAGUGCAAUUAAUAAAUACGAUCACACAAUCGGUGAGAGAAUGAUCGAGCAUUUGGAUCUGGAGAAUGAAUUUGAAGGGGAGCAAAAGUCGAUGGAGACAUUAGUGAUUGCCUAUCACAAAGAGGAGAAAAAUUACAAAAAUAUUGUUACACAGCACGAGGAGGGAUUAAACAACAAUAUGAAGAGCAAAAUCAAUUUAUAUAUGAUGAAUCGGGCCGCUAGAAAAAUACAAAACUAUUGGCGCGAAUGGCGCACACAACUAAACAAAGAGAUGCGUAGCAAAAUGAUUGCCACUAAAAAAAAGAAAAGAAAUACCAAAAAGCAUAGAAAAUUAAAUAUAAGUCAUAGAAAUUCUAGUUGAAAAUCACGAAUCAAUGAGCAUAAGAAAAUCAUUUCAACUGGCUUAGAUUGAAAUUAUGGUCUUAAGUUCGUUGCUAGUCGACCGAGAGACAGGGCGAGACAAGCGACAGAAAGAUACAAAAAUAAAUAAGUUCUAAUAAAGAGAAAUAAUAGUUGUA